UUGGUAUCCGACGAUGAACACGGGAAAACUCGAGGUUUACCAGAACGCGAGCUACAAGGACGACUUGAGCUUCAACGUUCGACUGAACAUGCUGACGCUGAAGAUAAUCGGAAGCUGGCCGAGAUCUGUGGAUCGUGCCUGGCACGAAACGAUCGAGCACGUGUUCCUGAAUCUUCUCGGCCACGGUCUGCUCGCGUUCAUCCUUGUCCCGGGGAUCGUGUGCCUCACCAUCGAGAUCUCCGACAUUUACGACAAAAUGGAGGUCGCCGCCGCGCUCAGCUUCUUCGUGAUGGCCGUGAUGAAGUAUUUCAUUUUCAUGGUACGCGAGGCUGGCAUACGUAAAUGCGUGGACCUGAUCGAGAACGACUGGAGGAACGUGAAACACGGCGAGGAUCGAGAGAUCAUGCUCGACAACGCGUGCUUCAAUCGCCGGCUCACCAUAAUCUGCGGCUUCUUCAUGUACGGAGGGGUGGUUUUCUAUUACAUCGUUCUGCCGCUCACGCGACCGAAGAUCGUUGAAGAGGGUGGCAACCUGACGUACACGCGGCUGGUUUACCCUUUCCCACCGAUGAUCGCCGACGCGCGUCGCAGGCCAGUCAAUGAAAUUUGCUACGCGAUGCAGAUACUGUCUGGCUUCGUUUGUCACAAUGUCACGGUCGCCGCUUGCGGCUUGGUCGCCCUUCUCGCCAUGCACGCCUGCGGCCAGUUACAGGUUUUAAUGGCUUGGCUGGAGAAGCUGGUGGAUGGACGGGAGAACGACGUUGAGACUCUUCGUCAAAGGUUGGCCAACGUCGUGGAGCAACACGUUCGGAUAAUCAACUUCAUAUCUCUCACAGAGGAUGUCCUGCAAGAGAUAUCGUUGGUAGAAGUCGUAGGAUGCACUAUAAAUAUAUGUUUCCUUGGAUAUUAUUCGAUGACGGAAUGGGACUCGAAGCAUCCUCUUAAGGGUUUCGCGUACGUAAUACUGCUCACGUCCGUCACGUUCAACAUUUUUAUAUUCUGUUACAUCGGGGAGCUCUUAGCAGAGGAGACGGUAAAAGUCAGUGAAAAAUCUUACAUGAUCGAUUGGUAUCGAAUGCCCUGGCAGGAGAGCCCCGGCAUAGCUUUGAUGAUUUCGAUGUCUCGCUCGACCAACAAGAUCACUGCUGGCAAAAUUAUCGAACUUUCCAUCAGUAGUUUCGGCAGUGUCAUCAAGACGUCGUUCGCAUACUUGAACAUACUGCGAACACUCACGAUGGUGAAAUUUCAGACGAGCGUUCAACCAUCAAGCAUGCAAAAGUCAGACACGAGUAUCGAUAAAUCCCGCGCAACAGACUACGAGAAACACGUGAAUCUAAGUAUCCAGUGGAAUCGUUGGCUAUUGAAACCCAUGGGCCUCUGGCCGUGUUCAAGUCCCGUUUCAAGAUUCAAACGAUACCUACACCGGCUCAUAAACAUCGUCUGUUACAGUCUGAUCAGUUUCCUCUUUAUACCGUGCAGCUUGUUCGUCGUAUUCGAAAUCGAGGAUAGCUACGGCAAACUGAAGCAAUUCGGGCCGCUGAUAUUCUGCGUGAUGGCGUUCGUGAAAUACUACUCCCUGAUCGUCCACAAGGCUGACAUCAACGAAUGCGUGGAACGAAUCAAAUGGGACUGGAAGAACACGACGAACGACAGAGAUCGCGAGAUCAUGAUAACGAACGCGAAUUUCGGACGAAAAUUGGUGAUGGUCUGCACGUUCUUCAUGUACAGCGGCUUCGCGUUUUAUUACAUCGCCAUACCUAUCAGCGUGGGCAAAGUAGCCACGGAGAAUGAGAAUGUCAGCUUCAUUCCAUUGGUGUUCCCUUUCUCGAGAUACGUCGCCGACACGCGACACAGUCCAGGGAACGAGAUCGUCUUUUCGAUUCAAUUGGUGGCUGGCUGCCUGAUGCAUGGCAUAACGUCGGCCGCUUGCAGUUUAGCAGCUGCUUUCGCCGUUCACACUUGCGGGCAAAUGCAGGUGAUGAUGAACUGGCUGAAGCAUCUGAUUGACGGCCGAUCGGACAUGAGCGAACGUUUGGACGACAGAAUCGCUGAUAUCGUGAGACAGCAUGUCCGAAUCCUGAAAUUUCUCACGCUUACAGAGAGGACGAUGCAACAAGUCUCUUUCGCUGAGUUUCUAGGAUGCACUCUAGAUAUAUGUCUCGUUGGGUAUUACGUAAUUAUGGAAUUGAAAUCGAACGACGUUACGAGCGCCGUAACAUACAUGAUUUUACUUGUAUCACUUACAUUUAAUAUUUUCAUAUUUUGUUACAUAGGUGAAAUGGUUGCUGACGAGUGUAGGAAAAUCGGCGAAAUGUCGUAUAUGAUCGAGUGGUACCGAUUGCCAGGGAACAAGAAGCUAUGUUGCGUUCUAAUCAUCGCUAUGUCGAAUUGUUCAAUAAAAUUAACAGCUGGGAACAUCGUAGACCUGACGAUCAGCACUUUUACCGACGUUGUCAAGACGGCAGUCACAUUUUUAAACGUACUACGUAAAACAACUUGAACUUUAAUGUGAAGAUUUUUUUAUAAUCGUUGAUGUAUACUACUUUUAUAUCUCAUGUUUCAUGGUGUUUUUUACAUGUUAAACAUUACUUGUCUUGAAUAGUGACAAUGUCUGUGCUGUUUAAACUGGGAGUGAAAAUGUA